AUGCUGGGAAGACGUUAUAUGAAUCAUUUAGCUUGUAAAUUUGUUAAAAGUCCAGUAGUUUUGGUUCACGUGGUUGAUCCUUAUCUUAAUUUAAAUAAAAGGGGAAUUAAAAAUAUUGAUGUUGAUAAAAUAGAAAAAGAAUAUAAAUUAUGGUGGGAUUUUUUUUUAAAAAUGAAAAAUAUUGAAGAGAAAGAUGAGGUAAAAAAAUUUAAUAUUGAAUUAAAAUCAUUGUCAUCUGGUUUGGUAGGAGCAUUAUCUUUACCUAAUGAUAUAGAAAAAUUUGAUGAUUUAGAUAGUGUUAAAAUACCUUCUAAUGAACCUUCAUCAAUUUUGAGUCAUAUACCAAAGUUAAAAAUGAUGGGAAUGUGUAGAAGUGACAGUAAACAUGGUUACCUUCAUAUAUUAGGAUAUCCUGUAAGACUUCAAGAUGAAAUCAAAGAAAAAUUAAGUAAUAUUUUACAUACAUACCAUCCUGUCUCUCCACCAUACAUGAUAAGACAAGCUGUAAUUGAAGGUUGUAAUAUGGAUGUGGAAGAAUUAUUAUCAUUUACAGAAACAGGCAAUGAUAUGGGUAUGUAUUUAAUGGGAGUUUCAUUACCAACAAUACUCUCAAAAUAUAUAAAAACAAAAUUUUUAUCAGAAAAAAAUAAAUGGCCUAUUAUAAUUCGAAGUGAAGGUGUUAGUUAUAAAAAACCGAAGAUGACAAAAUAUUUAAAUUUAUUUAAUUCAUGUCAAAAAGAAGUUAUUGGAAUAGUUGUGUUUGGUAGAGAUAGUGAAGAAUGUGAAAAAGGUAGUGAAGAGGUUGUUGAUCUAGUUAUAAAAGAGAUUAAUGAUAAUAUGGGAUUGUCAGUUGAAAAGAAUACUGUUUCAAAUAAUAUGUUAAAAAUGUAUGAACAAGCAGCUGUUCAAUAUUUAAAUUCACAAUUGUCACCUAAGCCAGAAUUAAUUCGUGUCUCUAAGAUUGGAAGUUAUAUAUCGGAACGAUUAAAUAUUGUUUAUGAAGAUGCUGAAUUAAGCUUUGUUCACAUGAAUUAUAUUAAUAUUGACAUUUCUAGUAUUCUUGGAAGUAUUCUAGAGAAAAAUUUUGAUGUUAAUGAAAAUGAAUCAUUAGAUAAUUAA